UAGUCAGAUCGGUUUACUUAGUGGAAGAGGAGAGAGAAGAAAAAAGCCCUUGGCUAGAGAUCUUCAUUUCCGAGCAUCGUUUCUUCGGCGGGAUAGUUCAUCGUCUCCAAAAAAACCCUAGUAUGUAUUCUACUCUUAUCCAUAUACUUCUCUAGAUAAGAAAGAGUAAGGAGGGUUUAGCACAAACCCUAGGAAUAGGCAUUUGGGCAACCUCAAACGCAGUGGCCUCACCACCGUUCGUUUAACUUAGAAGAAAGUAGAGUGAGUACCCUUUUGGGUACGAUUCAAAUCGAGCGAAGAUGAGGAUUAUGAUCAAGGGAGGUGUGUGGAAGAACACCGAGGAUGAGAUCCUUAAGGCAGCGGUGAUGAAGUAUGGCAAGAAUCAGUGGGCUCGUAUUUCUUCUCUCCUCGUUCGUAAAUCCGCCAAACAGUGCAAGGCGCGUUGGUAUGAGUGGCUUGACCCUUCCAUUAAGAAGACUGAGUGGACCAGAGAAGAAGAUGAAAAAUUACUCCAUCUUGCAAAGCUCAUGCCCACUCAGUGGAGAACAAUUGCUCCUAUCGUUGGGCGUACACCAUCUCAAUGUCUUGAGCGAUACGAGAAACUUCUUGAUGCAGCCUGUGCUAAGGAUGAAAACUAUGAAGCAGGGGAUGAUCCACGGAAAUUGCGACCUGGAGAAAUCGAUCCGAAUCCAGAAUCUAAGCCAGCACGCCCCGAUCCUGUUGACAUGGAUGAGGAUGAGAAGGAAAUGCUUUCAGAAGCUCGGGCUAGGUUAGCCAACACCAGAGGCAAGAAAGCAAAACGAAAAGCCAGGGAGAAACAGCUUGAGGAGGCUAGAAGGCUUGCUUCCCUCCAAAAAAGAAGGGAACUUAAAGCAGCGGGAAUUGAUAAUAGGAAAAGGAAGAGAAAGAGAAAGGGAAUAGAUUACAACGCUGAGAUUCCCUUUGAGAAGAGGCCACCACCUGGAUUUUAUGAUAUAGCUGAUGAAGAUCGGGAUGUGGAACAACCAAAAUUCCCCACCACUAUUGAAGAACUGGAAGGUGAGAGGAGAAUGGAUAAGGAAGCCCGUUUACGUAAGCAGGAUGUUGCUAAGAAUAAAAUUGCCCAGAGGCAGGAUGCCCCUUCUGCUAUAAUGCAAGCAAACAAACUUAAUGAUCCCGAAGCUGUUCGGAAGAGGUCAAAACUAAUGCUUCCAGCUCCACAAAUAUCUAACCACGAGUUGGAUGAAAUUGCAAAAAUUGGUUAUGCUAGUGAUCUUCUGACAGGGAGUGAGGAACUUACAGAAGGCAGUGAUGCUACCCGUUCACUUCUCGCAAAUUAUGCUCAAACACCAAGGCAAGGAAUGACCCCAUUUCGAACUCCACAAAGAACACCUGCUGGUAAGGGUGAUGCAAUCAUGAUGGAAGCAGAAAAUCUUGCUCGAUUGCGAGAAUCACAGACCCCAUUGUUAGGUGGAGAAAAUCCCGAAUUGCAUCCUUCAGAUUUUUCUGGAGUUACUCCUAAGAAGAGGGAGAUUCAGACUCCAAACAUAAUGUUGACACCUUCAGCCACUCCUGGAGCUGCAGGUCUAACACCCAGAAUUGGCAUGACUCCAUCAAGGGAUGGGUAUUCUUUGGGUAUGACUCCAAGAGGUACACCAAUGAGAGACGAGCUUCAUAUUAAUGAAGAAAUGGAUAUCCAUGAUAGCGCUAAACUUGAACAUAGAAGGCAAGUUGAUGUGCAGAGGAUUUUGCGUACCGGUCUAGGAAGUCUUCCAGCACCUACGAACGAGUAUCAGGUUCUAAUGCAACCUGCUCCAGAAGAUAAUGAAGAGCCUGAAGAGAAGAUGGAAGAGGACAUGUCUGAUAGGGUUGCCAGGGAGAAGGCUGAAGAAGAAGCAAGGCAGCAAGCACUGUUGAAGAAGAGAUCGAAAGUGCUGCAGAGGGAGCUACCUAGGCCACCUAUUAGUUCACUUGAACUGAUUAAGAAUUCAUUAAUUAGAACUGAUGAAGACAAGAGUUCCUUUGUUCCCCCAACAUCAAUUGAGCAAGCUGAUGAAUUGAUAAGAAGGGAGCUUCUUCUUUUAUUGGAGCAUGAUAAUGCUAAAUAUCCUCUUGAUGAGAAGGUGGUGACUGAGAAGAAGAAAGGAGGCAAGCUGUCUGCAAAUAAGAAGUCUGCUUCAGUUCCAGUUAUUGAAGACUUUGAAGAAGAUGAAUUGAAGGAGGCUGACUAUCUGGUUAAGGAAGAAUCUCAGCAUCUAUGUGUGGCAAUGGGGCAUGAGAAUGAGUCUCUUGAUGAAUUCGUUGAAGCUCACAGAACUUCUUUGAAUGACAUAAUGUUCUUCCCCACUCGUAACUCUUAUGGCUUAUCUAGUGUUGCUGGAAACAUUGAAAAGCUCACUGCUUUACAGAGUGAUUUCGAAGUUGUGAAGAAAAGAAUGGAUGAUGACACUAAGAAGGCUCAGCGUCUUGAACAGAAAAUUAAAGUUCUUACGAAUGGUUACCAGAUGCGAGCUGGUAAGCUAGCCUCACAAAUUGAGGCAACCUUCAAGCAAAUUGACACUUCAGGAACUGAACUCGAGUGCUUCAGGGCAUUACAAAAGCAAGAACAACUUGCAGCGUCGAACAGAAUCAAUGGGCUCUGGGCGGAAGUUCAGAAGCAGAAGGAACUGGAACGUACUUUACAGAAACGCUAUGGAGACUUUUUUACAGAACAUGAGAGGACCCGGCAGCUCAUUGAUACUUACAGAGUUCAAGAAGAGAUCACAGCUCAAAAACAAGCUCUCGAGUUGGCCAGUGUUGUGGCUAACGAAAAUCUCAUUCCAGGUCCUGAAACUACUAUAGAGUCUACUGAUGAUGGUGGGGACCAUCUUGAGGAGCCCGUGCAAGAGAAUGGUGAUCAAAUUCCAACACAAGUGGAUAUUUCUGAAAAAGAAACUGACACAGGCUCGAUACAUGACGACAUUAUGGAUGAUACAACUCAGGUAACAAGCGAGGUAGAAGGAGAUCAGGGACCUACUAUGGAUCUCGGUGAUCAGGUGGAGACAGAGAUGGCUGAGGAUGCUUGAAAAUACUUAUGAGAAGGAUUUAUGUAUUUCUAGCAUGAACGAACAUCCCCCCCCCCCCCCCCCCCCUUUGUCUGAUGCGAGCAACCAGCUUCUUGAUGUCCCGGAUUGUCGGUCAGGUUGGUCUCUCUCUGCUGAGAUGUGUUUUAAUUUGCUCAAUUUUGAAUUCUGGUUGGGAGUAGCUUUGAGGGAAGAUUAUUUGUAUACUUUUUUCGGGUGUACUUGGAAGACUCCAUUCCCAUUUAGUUGAGGUUGUUUUUUAAUAUUGCGACUAGUCGGUGAAUACGAAGACCUAUCUUUGUUUAUUCUCUUUCGUCGAUACAUUCUGGAUGAUUGAAUUUGUGAUAGGAUUGAUUGAUGCAUGAUUCUGUAUUGUUUUUACAAUGUUACAAAGCUAAGUUUUGCAUCUA